GGCAUAGAAAUUCACAAUCUCUAACAUCGCCAGUAUUAAACGGACCUCUCAAAAAUAUUCUAAAAACUUUACAAUCAUUAUCCUCCCAGCUGGAAGAAUUAUCUAAUGUGCAAACUAACGAUCUAGAAUCAUUUCAGAUAGACCAAUUGUCUG